AUGCUCCACAGCGCUAAUAAACAGGAGCAACCCGACCCCACGGCCGCCGCCUCCUCACCCGGCGCCGUCGUCGACAACACCUCCACCACCAACAAACAAAAGCUCAUCUUCGCCCCGGGCGAAAGCGGCGCCCUCGCCUCCCAAGCCGCGCAAUUCCACAAAGGCGCCCUCGACGCGGCCGACCUCUCCGCCUCGCCCCUCGCGCAGUUCCACACCUGGUUCGGCGAGGCCUCGUCGGCCGUCGCGCACCCGGAAACGGCGACCUUGGCCACGGCGGAGCUGCCGUCGGGCCGCGUCUCGGCGCGCGUCGUCUACAUGAAGGAGCUCGACGACCGCGGCUUCGUCGUCUACAGCAACUGGGGCACCUCCCGCAAGGCGUCCGACAUCGCCAGCAACCCCCACGCCGCGCUGACGUUCUGGUGGCAGGGGCUGGAACGCCAGGUCAGGGUCGAGGGGACGGUGGAGCGGCUGCCGCAGGAGGAGAGCCAGGUGUAUUAUGAUACGCGCAUUAGAGGCAGCCGGGUGGGCGCGUGGGCGAGCAGGCAGAGCGAGAAGCUGACGGGUAGGGAGCAGUUGGAGGAGAGGGUCAGGGAGGUGGAGAGCAGGUUUGAGGGCCAGGAUAAGAUUCCCGUGCCGCCAUUUUGGGGUGGUGUGAGGAUUGUGCCCAGUGAGGUGGAGUUUUGGCAGGGCAGGGAGAGCAGGCUGCAUGAUCGGUUUAGGUAUACGAGGGAUGAGAGCGUCGAGGGUGGGUGGAAGGUGGAGCGGCUGAGCCCGUAA